AUGUCGACUCAGUCUCUUUUGUUGGCCAUUGGACUUGGUGCGUCCAGCUCGUUAAAAGUUGCAGCCACGUUCCAAUGGGUCAUAAAGGAUGCCCUUGGUCAAAUAGGCGGCAUUUUGGCGGCCGGGGUUUUGGUAAAAAAUAUUUGUUGGGUAAUCUCAUCGGCAACAAGGGCGUCCAUUUUGAGGGCAUUUUCGAGGGAAGAAAAUCUUGGCGAUCUGACUGCCAAGUAUGCAUCCCAAUCUACAGCGGCCAGUUUACUGGGAACUGGUCUUGGGCUCGGCGUCUCUCAUUUGUUUUCACUAUCGACCUUUUCAAGUUUCUCGCUAACUUAUGUCCCUUUCAGCAUUGGGCUUUUAUGUGGACUCUACAAAACAACCCUGUAUAUUAGAGUGACCAACUUGAAAUUUGCGAGUCUGGUGUGCAUUUUUUGUGAUUUUGAACGGCAGGCCAAAACGUCUGUGUCAGAUGAUUUGCAUGUGCUUCACGGCUUUUUAAAAAAUUACAAUUUAAUUUCUCCAGAUUCAAUCCACAACUUUCAAUUGGCUCCUCCACAAAGGCUUUGUAUAAACUACCCCAUUUCGAAUCUUGAUGGGUUGUCACAAGAUAUCUGCAUUUUUGACUCGGAUUCUUUUUUGCUUUGCAAGCAUCUGUACUCUUCAAAAACAUAUUUAUGGAUUAAAGAGCACGCAUCGUUUCGGCAAGUGGUGGAAUCUGUGGUGUACUCGCUCUUCUUUGAUGCAUGGAACUUUGCGCCCGAUGUUUCCCACAUUCUGGUCAGGUUAUUUGUACAAAAACUUGUGACAGAAUCUUUUUGGAACCUGGAGUCUUUUGUCCCGCUAUCGCCUGAGCUGAGUCAAAUAUGUUUUCUAAAAUCUAUUGGCUAA